AUGGUGGACCAGGAACGGCCGAAGCCGAGAGCAGCACGAGAACCUGGCAGUGAUCAAUGGCCUUCACUGCUCCAGACGGCUGUGGUGGCCACUGCUUUCAAAAUCCUGCUAUUCCCGGCAUACAAAUCGACCGACUUUGAGGUUCAUCGAAACUGGCUGGCCAUCACGCAUACGUUGCCCGUUAAGCGCUGGUAUUACGAGGCCACAUCAGAGUGGACCCUCGACUACCCUCCGGGAUUCGCAGUGUUCGAGUGGCUGUUGUCGUAUCCGGCGAGCCUGAUUGAUCCUGCCAUGGUGCAGAUCAAGAACUUGAACUACGAUUCAUGGGCCACCGUGUGUUUCCAAAGGAGUUCGGUGAUAUUGACAGAACUGCUCCUGGUCUAUGCGUUACACAGAUAUACGAAAUCAUCGCCUCCCUCGACUCGUCGCCAAAGCCACGCUGUGGCACUCUCAAUUCUGCUCUCUCCUGGACUUCUGAUCAUCGACCACAUUCAUUUCCAGUACAAUGGAUUUCUAUACGGCGUGCUGGUACUGUCAAUUGUCCUUGCAAGAACAGAGUCAACUUUACUGUACAGUGGCAUACUGUUUGCCCUUCUGUUAUGCCUCAAGCACAUUUACCUUUAUCUGGCGCCUGCUUACUUCGUGUACCUUCUACGAAUGUACUGCCUCGACCCGAAGAACAUACUGCGACCACAAAUCGUCAAUGUUCUCAAACUUGGAACAAUCAUCAUCGGAAUUUUUGGGGUAGCAUUCGGUCCGUUUGCAGCUUGGGGUCAGCUCCAACAACUCAGGGAUAGGUUGUUUCCCUUUGCCCGAGGGCUCUGCCACGCAUACUGGGCUCCAAAUGUGUGGGCUAUCUAUUCUUUCCUGGAUCGGAUCUUGAUAUUUACAGCCCCUUAUCUCUGGCUCCAUGUUGACCAGAAUGCUGUCAACAGUGUCACUCGAGGUUUGGUUGGGGACACAUCGUUCGCAGUCUUACCCGAGAUCACAGCUCGGCACUGUUUCGGGCUUACAUUGGCCUUUCAAAUCGUUGCCCUGACGAAACUGUGGCUCGCACCCAGUUGGGAGUCGUUUGUGGGAGCCAUCACACUGUGUGGAUAUGCAUCGUUCCUUUUUGGCUGGCACGUUCACGAAAAGGCGAUUCUCUUGGUAAUCAUUCCCUUCAGCCUUCUGGCGGCCAAGGACCGGUCAUACCUAGCAAGCUUCCGCCCUCUUGCAGUCGCAGGCCAUGUGUCCUUGUUUCCGCUGAUCUUUACCGCGGCAGAAUUUCCCAUCAAAGUGGCGUACACAGUUUCCUGGUUGAUCAUCUUUCUGUACACCUUCGACCAAUUGGCUCCGGCACCGUCGAGGAGAAGAGUUUUCCUGUUGGAUCGAUUCGCGCUGCUUUACAUUGUUGUUUCGGUACCAUUGAUGGUCUAUUGCUCGCUGUUGCACAGGAUCGUGUUUGGGCAGAAGUAUGAAUUCCUGCCGCUGAUGUUCAUUAGCACCUAUUCAGCCGUCGGCGUACUCGGCUCAUGGCUGGGCUUCAUGGUCUGCUAUUUGUCCUGA